UACAAAAUAAAAUUCAAAGACGAUUAGGAGUUAUUUUCCUUUUUAAUCGCUUCAAACUUCAGAGGUAGUGUUUUAAGGUUUCCUUGACUAGAAAGGAAUCAUCUAGGGAAAUUGCUUGUUUUUCGUAGAAAUUGCUUUCCUAAUUAGGUGAGAAUUACUAACUAGUAUAAAUGAUGAAAACACUGGGAUUUAGAGGUUGUGUAUCCGUGUGGCUAAAAGGCCUUAAUCAACUAGGAUUAGUCCAGUUAUAUAUAGGCACCGCACUUACGCAUAAACGAAAAAAAAUAAUCUCUGCAAAAUCAGAAUCCUCUUUUUUUUGUGCCAUGGGAGACGCUAAAGAGCAAAGGCAGACGCCUCCCGAAGAUUUCCAAGAAAGCCCUUAUCCCCUCGAUCAGAACAAAUCUUCUCAAGAAGAAGAAGAUGAUGAUGAAUGUAGUAGCUACGGACCCUCUGAUUACGAUGAUUAUUUGGAGGAACAAGAAGAAAGCAAUCAUGGCAGAGAAAACACGUCCAAAGAAAAUCACUUUCAACAUAUGAAUAUUGAAAGAAGCCUUUCUUUCCAGGGCACUUACAUGUGUUUUCCUCUAUCCCUAAUUGGGAAGUCCCAUCUUGAGCAUGGUGAUCGAAUCAUAAUGCCCCCAUCAGCUUUUGAGCAUCUCCUGCGCCUGAAAGUUGGUUUCCGGAUGCUAUUCAAAAUCAGUAACGAUUCCACUGGACGGGUUUCGCAUUGCGGAGUUUAUGAGUUCACUGCUGAUGAGGGUUCUGUGUUUUUGCCGAGUUGGAUGAUGAAGAAUUUGCAGUUGCAGGAAGGUGAAUUACUUAGCGUGAAGAGUGCUACCCUUGAAAGAGGAACUUACAUAAAGCUGCAACCCCAUUCUAUGGAUUUCUUGGGCAUUCUCAAUCCAAAAGCAGUCCUGGAAGGGACCCUGAGUUUCAAGUUCUUCUGCCUCACUACUGGAGAUACUAUUGUGAUCAACCAUAAUAGUAAGAAUUUUUUUAUCGAUGUAGUGGAGACCAGGCCUUCUUCUGCUGUUUGCAUUAUUGAUACCGAUUACGAGGUCGAUUUUGCUCCUCCUCUGGAUUAUAAAGAGCCUGUAAAACCUUCCAAAAUAGCUAAAGAGGAGAAGAAGGCUGAAGAGAAGGGGCCAAGUAAGGAGGAAGCAAAGUUCAUUCCGUUUACAGGUUUGGCAAGACGUUUGGAUGGGAAGCCUGCGGCAGAGUUGGCUUCAUCCACUUCAUCUUCUGUUGGGAUAAAUAAACGUACAAGAACAAUUGAUGCAGAGUUGAGACCCCAGAAAAGUCCACGAAAGCUAGUGUUUGGUUCCCCUGAUUCUGAAAGCAAAUCAGAAAAGACACAGACCAAGAUUAUUAGAAGUGAAUCUCCAAAGAAACAGCAAUUUCUUCCAUUCACUGGGAAGAAGUACUCGUUGACAGGCUGACCUUCAUUGAGAUUUGGCAUUUAAUUCUUGUUAGAAUAUUAAUUUGCAACCAAGUUUUUAAAUU